AUGCAGCUUUACGGGAGCAACCCGCAUACGCCGCGGACCCCUGGCACUCCGAACACGCCAAACUCGAACCAUGUCAACCUGCCUAGCUACCAGCAGCAGACGUCGCAACCAGGAGCCAGCCGUGGCAUGUACUCGAUGCCGCCCCAGCAGCACAACCAGUACCAGCCGCAGCCUGGCUACCCGACGUCGGGCGGUAUGAUGCCCCAGGCGACCACCACCUCCGCGGGACCGCAGCCCAUUGCACCUGCUCCUCCUGGUGGCAACCGCGGUCCUCCUGUUCUGAGACCUAUGCCCCCGGGUGGCAUCAUGUCGCAGCAGCCCGGUGCGCCUUCGCCGUAUGGGCCUGGUGGCCAGAUGAUGCAGCAGCAUCAGCAGCAGCCCAUGGUUCCCGAAGGUGAACAGCCGACGCACGUCGUCGGUUCUCAAGGUCGUAGAGGUAUCCUGCCUAGUGCCCCCGGCCGCCCUGCUGCACCGGCUGCUGGUACUGGAGCCAAAAGCACGGUGAUCCCUGUCAAGGAUGCCGAUGGCAAAUUCCCAUGCCCUCACUGCACCAAGACGUACCUGCACGCUAAGCACUUGAAGCGCCAUCUUCUCCGACACACCGGCGACCGUCCUUACAUGUGUGUACUCUGCCGGGAUACCUUCUCUCGGAGUGACAUCCUCAAGCGUCACUUCCAGAAGUGCUCCAUUCGCCGCGGCAACCCUACGGGCGUUAGCCAUCUUUCGCACCCCCAGGCGCACGUCAAGAAGCACGCUCAGCGCACCGCUGCCGGCCAGGAGGGCGACCUCAAUCAGCUCAACGGUCUCAACAACAUGCCUCAAGAGAAUAUGGGACAGCAUCCCUUCGGCAUGGUGCCCGUCCAGGACGGCAUGAACAACAUGGGCUCCGACCAGAACCACAUGUCUCGCUCCAGCAGCAUUGGCCGACUCGACAACUCUAACGGAGAUCGCAGGGCCAUGCCGCCCGGUCCUCCCCCAAUGGGUGGUUCGCAGCCCUACGGCAGCAACGAGGUGCAAAACACUAUGAACGGCCAGCCCAUGUCUAGCUACAGCAUGCCUCCCGGUCAAAACGGUAUGCCCACCGGCCAGAAUGGGAUGCCGAUGUAUGGAAGCUCGAACCCGAAUCAACAGUCUGGUCUUGACUGGUCGCAGAUGUUUCAGGCUGACCGCAACCAGAACCGAUCCUGA